GUGGCGGAGGGGGCGGGCUGGUGACACUAGGGUGGGUUGGAAGGUGUAGACAUGCAGGCAGCACACACGGGUUUAGGUCACACUGCCGAAGGCGCCGAUUCCCCGACCAGACGCUGCUGUCCCGGUGAUGCAGGCACAGUGGCACUUAUUUCCAGUGGAGCUCAUCCUGUUGCACGAGCACCGGAAGUCUCCGAUUCGAGCAAAAGCGCCAUGCCUUUAACCCAAAGGCCGGAAAUCCGACAUCAUAGAUUCGCCCUUACAGUGUCUUUCCCGACCUCUUUGGAGGCAGAUAUCGCCUGUGGGUCCCUAGCUCCUGAUGCCGAACCGCACCAAGGACUUUUGAGGAAGGAGCUAAAAGUGAGCGGCUGCAUGCUGGAGGUACACUGGAUCUCGGAAGACUCUCGCCUCCUCCGAAUUUCCAUCAUGAACUUUCUUGACCAGCUUUGCCUAGUGGUGAACACCAUACAACGCUUUGGGCCCCCAGUUUCUCGUUAAGCCUGGCUGGGAAAAGGGACUCAGGUCUGACCUUAUGUCCAUUUCCUCCUAAACAGUAUAAUUUUCCCUAGGAAAAAGAUUCCAGAAAUAGUAGCUGCUACUUAAAUGUGGGGCCUAAUAUUUUUUUGCCUGAUUUGGUCCUCAGGCACUUAGGGGGCAACUUGUUUAGUCUGGUGUUUAAAUGUUUGUUGCUGAAGAAAAUAAAGCUGUGCUUCUAAUCUGUA